AUCAAAGCUGAAACCAUGCCGCUCGCAGUGGAUCUAUUGCACCCUUCCCCCGUGUCGGAGAGAAGGAAACAUAAGUUGAAGAGGCUGGUGCCACAUCCGAACUCAUACUUUAUGGAUGUUAAAUGUCCCGGCUGCUACAAGAUUACGACCGUAUUCAGUCAUGCCCAGAGGGUAGUCGUUUGCGCUGGAUGCUCAACGAUCCUCUGCCAGCCUACUGGAGGUCGUGCUAGGUUAACUGAAGGAUGUUCGUUUAGAAGAAAGCAACAUUAAACAUUUCCUGAUGAGAAGCCGCUAUUAUUUAAGAUUUGCAUUUUUAUUCCCAAGCACGUGAAGAGAGUACGAGUUUUAUUAUAAAAAUGUAUUUGUUAAAGCAAACAACCUAAAAUAAAGGCUUUUUCAAAGG